AAGGCCGAGCGGGGAGGGAGAGGACUGGGCCGGGCAGAGGGGUAGCGUCGGAACGGAAAACCAGAGUAUUUUCGGGUUCUCGGGAGGAAGUGGCAUGCAAAUGAGGAUCGAGGUUCCGGAGUUGAGCUCAAGCUUUUUUGGGAACCGGAUGCAGUCCUAAGAACAGAGGUUUCUCCCGAAAGAGCCACACAUUCUUGCCUAAGAUCUUCCGCAAAAUGUCAUCCUCAGGGGCCAAGGACAAGCCUGAGCUGCAGUUUCCUUUUCUAACGGAUGAGGAGACGGUGGCCACGCUGCAAGAGUGCAAGACGCUCUUCAUCUUGCGUGGCCUGCCAGGGAGCGGCAAGUCCACGCUGGCACGUGUCAUCAGGGACAAGUACCGUGAUGGCACCAAGGUGCUGUCUGCCGAUGCCUACAAGAUUACCCCUGGUAGUCGAGGAGCCUUCUCUGAGGAGUACAAGCAGCUGGAUGAGGACCUGGCUGCCUACUGCCGCCGGGACAUCAGAGUGCUUGUGCUGGAUGACACCCACCAUGAGCGGGAGCGGCUGGAGCAGCUCUUUGAAGUGGCUGACCAGUACCAGUACCAGGUGGUGUUGGUGGAGCCCAAGACAGCGUGGCGGCUGGACUGUGCCCAGCUCAAGGAGAAGAACCAGUGGCACCUGUCAGCUGAUGACCUGAAGAAGCUGAAGCCUGGGCUGGAGAAGGACUUCCUGCCACUCUACUUUGGCUGGUUCCUGUCCAAGAAGAGUUCAGAGAGCCUCCACAAGGCUGGCCAGACCUUCCUGGAGGAGCUGGGGAACCACAAGGCUUUCAAGAAGGAGCUUCGACACUUUGUCUCUGGGGAUGAGCCCAGGGAGAAGAUUGAACUGGUCACCUACUUUGGGAAGAGACCCCCGGGCAUGCUGCACUGUACAACCAAGUUCUGCGACUACGGGAAGGCCGCUGGGGCAGACGAAUACGCCCAGCAGGAUGUCGUGAAGAAAUCAUACUGCAAGGCUUUCACGCUGACCAUCUCUGCCCUCUUUGUGACACCCAAGACGGCUGGGGCCCGGGUGGAAUUGAGCGAGCGGGAGCUGCUGUUGUGGCCAAAUGACGUGGACAAGCUGUCACCCUCUGACACCUUGCCUCGGGGAAGCCGCGCGCACAUCACCCUAGGCUGUGCGAGUGACGUGGAGGCCGUGCAGACAGGCAUUGACCUCCUCGAGAUUGUGCGGCAGGAGAAGGCGGGCAACCAUGGCGAGGAGGUGGGUGAGCUCCACCGGGGCAAGCUCUACUCCUUGGGCAAUGGGCGCUGGAUGCUGAGCCUGGCCAAGAAGAUGGAGGUCAGGGCCAUCUUCACGGGGUACUACGGGAAGGGCAGACUUGUGCCCACACACAGCAGCCGGAAGGGGGGCGCCCUGCAGUCCUGCGCCAUCGCCUGAGUGCCCUCUUGCCACCUGCCCCUCACUCUGGGGGUGGGGGAGACAUCUCUCUGCUUGAUAAGGUUUUUUUUUUUUUUUUUUACUCGAAGUUAACUUCCUGUAACUUUUUAAAACUUGUAAAAUAACUGAUUUUCUCGUCCCAUUCACUCUCUUCCUCUAACACCUAAGCCCUCAACACAAAAGCCCGGGGGUGGGGGGCAGGGGUGUGUGGGUAGGCACCAUUCAGGAACCUGGACCAAAGCUGACGAGCCCUGCUUCCAGUUACUGGUUAGCCCAGCCCAUGCCCCUAGCUCUGCUGCUGCCUCGCUGGGGACACCUGAGAGUUGCAGAUACCCUGCUGGUGGUGGCAGAAGGCAGUGGGGCUGGCGGUGGUGACACUGCUGUGGAGCACUAGUCGUGGCUCUGGGGUGGGGGAUCCCUCGGAUUUGAUCCCUUUCCUAAUCAGCACAGCCCCAGGAAGGCAGGAGCUGUUUACCAGGGUAAAUAAAAGGGGUUAACCUCCCACCUUUGGUCCUAGGUCCCUAUCCCCUUCUCCUUCACACCUUAACUAGGUAGCAGGUUGAUAACUAGGGAAGAAAAGAGAAUAAAAUGAAGCCACAUCCAAGGCUGCUGGCUGCCGUCGCCACAGGAAGGGGGUGGGUUAGCCAUCCUUCCAGUGGUGGGGCUCUACUGAGUGGUAGGAAUACUGUGGGCCAGCACAGUCCAUUGGUGGGGACGUGCUAGUCUGGCUAUCUGCCCAGCUCAUCUUGCCUCCACAGUGCCCCUGGAGACCUCAUGCCUCCUCUAAAGGGGGCUGGUGGGUACCAAGAGCCAGUGGAACAGACCUCUGGCUGUUAUGGGUCUGGUCCACUUGUUUCUUUGGCAAGGGAUUUUUAACACUGUUAGAUGCGCCCCCCACUGCCCUCUCUGCACCGUAACAGGGCCUUGCUAAUCAGGUGGUUACUCAGCAGAAGUACUUGGGAUCUGAGUUCCUAUCCUGGCUUUGCCCAACUGCAGCAACUUCUAAGACUGGAUAAUGAAAUAAAUCAUGUUAAUCCGA